AUGAAUCUUCUUCCUCCUGCAGAUCCCUUUGCUGAUGCAACAAAGGGUGACGACUUACUCCCAGCAGGGACCGAGGAUUACAUUCACAUAAGGAUCCAGCAACGAAACGGAAGAAAGACACUAACAACUGUUCAGGGAAUUGCAGAUGAUUAUGACAAGAAGAAACUUGUGAAAGCUUUCAAAAAGAAAUUUGCCUGUAAUGGCACUGUGAUUGAGCAUCCUGAGUACGGCGAAGUUAUCCAGCUUCAAGGUGACCAGAGAAAGAACAUUUGCCAAUUCCUCUUGGAGAUUGGCAUUGUCAAGGAAGAACAACUGAAAGUUCAUGGUUUCUAAAAUACCUGUACUGUCGUGAAGAACCCUGCAAUAUUUGGUCUUACCUAGCCUGGCUCGUCUGCGAAAAAUGAAUCUUUGCAGUGAAUGGACUUCCCUGUUACCUGAACAUUUAAAAUUUGAUUCAGAUUUGCAUGACUGCAUGAAACAUGUGGUGUGUAGACUAGAAACACAUAAGAAAACUUCAGUAAGGUGGUAAUGAAGACACUUGUAAACUUUAACACAUUUCCAAUGGAAAUGUUUUAGCAAUGAUUGUUCAGUUUACUACUCUCCACCUGACUUAAAUGUGUGGGUUGUAUUAAAAUAGCGUGUGUUGUUGCUUAAAAAUAAAAGUUUAUUCAUAUAUUUUCUGUGAUAUCUGAGAUGCUUUAGCUUAAGUUUUAAACUAGUACAGCUGCCUUACUAAAGAAAGGCUAAACUGUUUUGUGGUAAGUGUAGCUCACUGCUCAUUAAAUAAAUUGGAAAAUCCACAUGAUGAAGUAUUAGCUAAUUGAUGAGUAGAUUAGCUUGAUGUGUAGCAAUAAGACUAGAGCUUUAAAGUCUUUUGUGUAGGUGUAUCUUAGUAGCAGCAUGGUAAGACAUAAAUUGUUUGCUGAGAAGUAACUGGAUCUUCUCUAA